GAGCCUUAACGCUUUGACUCCGGCGUAUACAUUUUCCACUUUUUUUUUUAAUUGUAUUUUUUUUCGCCUGACAAAAGAGCUAAGCAAACCAAGAUAGGCGGCUUGGGAACCAAGAUGUCGAACCGAGUGGUGUGCAGAGAAGCAAGUCACGCCGGGAGCUGGUACUCUGCUUCGGGCUCCCAGCUGAACGCACAGCUAGAAGACUGGCUGUCCAAAGCACAGUCCACCAUCAGACCUGCUAGAGCCAUCAUAGCGCCACAUGCCGGAUAUACCUACUGCGGUGCUUGUGCAGCACAUGCCUACAAGCAGGUUGAUCCCUCUGUUACUCGUAGGGUGUUCAUCCUGGGACCUUCUCACCAUGUGCCCCUCUCCCGCUGUGCCCUGUCACCUGCAGAAGUCUAUAGAACACCUCUCUAUGACCUGAGAAUCGACCAGAAGGUAUAUGCUGACCUCUGGAAAACUGGGUUGUUUGAGCGGAUGAGUCUGCAGACAGAUGAAGAUGAGCACAGUAUUGAAAUGCACUUGCCUUACACUGCUAAAGCCAUGGAGAGCCACAAAGACGAGUUUAGCAUCGUCCCUGUGCUUGUUGGUGCCCUGAGUGAGUCUAAGGAACAGGAAUAUGGGAAGCUGCUCAGCAAGUACCUGGCAGACCCUUCCAACCUUUUCAUUAUCUCAUCCGACUUCUGCCACUGGGGUCAGCGGUUCCGCUACACAUACUAUGAUGAAUCUCAAGGGGAGAUCUACAGGUCUAUCGAGCAUCUUGAUAAAAUGGGGAUGGGCAUUAUAGAACAGCUGGAUCCCAUGUCUUUCACCAACUACUUGAAGAAGUACCGCAACACCAUCUGUGGGCGUCACCCGAUUGGAGUGCUGCUAAAUGCUGUGGCUGAGCUGAGGAAGUCUGGUUUAGAAAUGAACUUCUCUUUCCUGAACUACGCCCAGUCGAGUGAGUGCAGGAACUGGCAGGACAGCUCCGUGAGUUACGCUGCUGGGGCACUCAUCGUUCAUUGAGGUCGACUUUCGCAGGGGCCACUGCAGCGCCGUCACCCUGCCCUUACUAUCUAUCGCCAUAACCUGACCCAGACACCCUCCCUCUCACCCCUCUCCCCCGUUACGCCCACUAUUUGCAGGAAGGACCUAGACACUCAAAGCCAAUACACAGUCUUCUUUCUCUGUCUGUCUCUCUCUCUCUCUCUCAGCUCUCCUCCGCCUUUCUCCACCCUCCUCUCAGUUUGAAGUGGGUCUCAGAGCUUUUGGUUGAAACAUUUAGUUUGAAGUGCAGUUUUUGAGAUUAUGUAGGAGCAGAUGAUCAGAGGAGAUAGGUGGGAAGAGUGCGUAUUAGUUUGGCUUGGAGUAAGCAUCGGGAGGGGGGAUUCUUAUUUGGGUUUUUGCAAGGACUGUAGUUGUCCUCUUAGUCUCUUUUUGUUUUACUGACAAACCGAUGGAUUUGAGUUGUAAUGAUGCAAUCUUCACAUUUGGACUUGGAGAUCUGUGCUCAUGUAAUUUGCAGCAGAAAAAGGAAUGAAAAUAAAACUGCAGAUCUUAAUAUGAGAAUAUUGAAAUGUUGCGAGAUGAAAAUGAAAUGAGUGUUUUGACUGACUGCUUCAAGCUACAUGCGACUUAAACUUUGAAAAGUGUGUCAUAGGUAAUUAAUACCAUUGCUCAACAUAUGUUGUAGUUGCUAACAAAGGGCUGCACCCAACAAAGUUCACUAACCCCCUACUGUACAAACCAAAAACUUUAUUACUCUGUUUAUUAAUAUUAUGUUUUAUUCAUAUUUUAUUCCUUUUUAUUUCUCCCUUUUUUUAGUAGUUUUAUUAGACGAGAUUAUUUACUCAAGUAGUAUAUAGAGUUGAACAAAAGCAGUGUUGUCCGUUAUGCUCCAAAGCCAUCGACAUGGGUUGCCCAGUAAAUUAGUGUGUGCAACACUGCUCCCAGAUUCCAAUUAUGUUCCUGUAGCAUUAAAGAUGUGUUUAGCAAGAGCCAGACUACUACAGCAAUGUAAUCAAAGCUGGAUAUUGUGUAAAUUACUCCAACACUGACACUGCUAGUCUUUGUUUACACUGCCACCUUGAAUCUGUAGUUAUUGGAUUGAGACCCGAGCAAGACUUGUAUGUCUUUAGUUACACGUUCAGUUCUGUAAGAGCAGCAAAGCUUUUGCUCAGGCCUGAACAAAGUGGCAAAGUGGUAGAGGCCUAGAUGGUCUGGUUAAAUAGAGGUUAUUAUAGCCGUUCUGUAGGUAGUAAUUUACAUUUUUGAUUUAAGAAGGCCAAACGUUAUUGGGAAGAUUUAAGUCUUUCCCCCUUAUUUAAAGGUUUGCGUUCCAGUUUUGUUGCUUCUCAGUAUAUGAGAACUCACUUCAGAAUUACUCCUGAGGCAGUAGGGGUAUAACUUAGGCGGGGUUAGCUAAAACAUAGACGAUAGAAUAGAUGGCUGGAGUCAUAAUGCUUUGCUGAAAGGUUUAAGAAUCUACCCAUAAAAGUGACAGAUGUUCCUUGCUGUAUUAUGGAUUUACUGGAUCUGAUUCUGUUUUAAAAAAAAAAUAAAAAAAGAAUAUUUGCAUGAGGUUGACAAUUAUUAACAAAAAAAAAAAAGAAUGUUUGUAGUGUAAUGUAGUCCGGCUGCCUGAAAUACUCCUCCAUAGAUUACCCAACUGCAUACAAAACCUGAUGAUUCAUAGUGGCAGUAUAGGCUUUUAAAGACAAUAUGAUAUAGGCAGCACACAAUGUCUGCUGUCCUGUCGUUUGAUAUUUUAAUAUCACUGACUGACUUUUGUUGCUGGAGUCAAGUAUUCCCACUUAAAUGAUGCAGUCCUUUAACAUCCCUCUCAGCACCAUAAGAGGCGUCGCACUUAGCAUUAAGCUACAAUGUCUGGUUGAACCAAGCGGGCACAGACUGACGUUAAUUUAAGGGAAACUAGUAAAGCAUGACACACUGUGCUAUUGUGCCUUUUAUCACUGUUGCACAUAUACAUUUACUGCGUAUUCUCACUUUUAGUCUUAUUUUAGAAUGUGUACUUUCUUUCAAUUUUUGUCUUUCCACGUUACCCUUCCCUUUGCCUCGUGCCCGACAGUGUCUCCAGCUCACCCAGCACUCGUGGAGUGUGUGACCUGUACCCCCCUCAUCUGUUGGUCUAAAAUGGCACCAACUGUUAACCCUUUCUCCAGCAGGGAGUGGUGUUCUGUUUUCUCCACGUCACCUCAUUCCUGUAGAGAGUAAAAGGCUGAACCUCAACACUGUUCAUUUUCUGUUUAUGGAUCUUUGUUUGUCUUUUUAGAAAUUGUUUUUGUAUUAUUUUUUUUUCUUGCUUAGAGAAUAGAAACUUACACGUCACAAACCUAAAAUAUACUACUUAACUACUCCCUAAAUGGAGUUAUUUUUAUCUCAGGUUCCACUGACAAAGCAUCCCAAAAGGCUCUUCAGAUAAGGCCGUGGAUUCAUGUUACAAAACAAGUAAAAUGUACUGCAAAAGCA